AUGUCGUCAACAGUCUUCUCUUCUAAAACCUCAACCGGAUGGGCGCCCGACAACCGACCAACGACGCGCCAUACAGCUACUAGUGGACGGCCAAGGACAGGAAGACCAACGACUACUGCUACAAGUGUUACUGUCCAGGAUAUCAUCUGUGCAAUUAGUGAAUCACGGGGAGUAUGCCCUACAGUUAGCCUUGCAUUCGUUAAUCUUUCCACAUCGGAGGCUGUGCUAUGCCAAAUAUGUGACAGCCAAACUUAUGCGCGGACAAUCCAGAAAUUGGCCGUGCUGGAACCCACGGAAAUUCUGUUUAUGAAGACUGCUCAAACACCAAAGUCAAAGCUCUAUGCGAUUGUGGAGGAGAAUCUCCCCCAGCGCACCAUAACAGCAAUUGACCGACGGUAUUGGGCAGAAAAGACGGGCCAUGAAUACGUCGACCAGUUAGCGUUCAAGGACGAUCUUGAAUCGAUUAAACUAUCUCUGGAGGGGAAUUAUUUUGCCUCUUGCUGUCUCGCAGCUGUUCUCACGUAUAUUGAACUUGAGCUCUCUAAAUCUUUCGCAUCACAUUCGCUUCGCAUUAAAUAUGAGCCUUCAGAUGGGUCCAUGAUGAUUGAUCUCUCCACUAUCAUUUCGUUGGAGCUAAUCCAAAACCUCCAGCGUGCCAAGUCAAAGGACUGCCUCUUUGGGAUCCUAAAUGAGACCCUUACUCCAAUGGGCGCACGAUUACUUCGCAUUAAUGUCUUGCAGCCAUCUACAGAACCAACUAAGCUACUAGGCAGGUAUGAUGCCGUAGAGGAGCUUGCAACAAGGGAAGAUAUGUUUCACGCCGUUCGAGAAGCCCUUAAGUCAUUUGUGGACUCGGACAAAAUUUUAACUGCCUUAACACUUGUACCAACUAGAAUCACCUUCGAGCACGCAGAGCAGUCAAUUAACAAUAUGAUCAUGCUUAGAACAUACGUAUCUUCAAUAAAACCCAUAUAUGAAUCCCUAACCGGUUCUAAAAGUGACCUCCUCGUGGCAAUUCGAAAUCUCUGCGAUCCCUCACAAUAUGAAGUUAUCGAGUCGCUCCUCGAUUCAACGUUGAAUGCAGAUGUGUCGUAUCAAUCUCGGCCGCUUGACUUGCGGAAUCAGCGAACCUAUGCCGUCAAGGCCGGGGUGAAUAGCUUGCUGGAUGUUGCAAGGCAAACCUACAAAGAGGCAAAUACCGAUGUAAAUGAGCUUGCAUCUCAUCUUACGGAGGCUCACAAUCUCUCUCUCGAUUUACGAUUCGAAACUGCUCGCCAAUACUACUUUCGGCUCCCAGUUUCAGAUUUGGAAGAGAAACAAUUGCCCGGCGUUUUUAUCAACGUCUUUCGGAAGAGGUCCUAUCUAGAAUUUCAAACUCUAGAUCUUGUGAAAUUAAACCAGAAAAUCACCGACUCCCAUAAUGAGGUUAUCACUAUGAGUGAUAAGAGCGUCCAAGAACUUAUCGAAGAUGUUAGAUCCGAAAUAUCCGUCUUAUUCCGCAUCAGUGAAGGCCUUGCGAUGCUAGACAUGCUAUCAACAUUCGCGCAGCUUGUGGUAGUUCAUGAUUAUGUUCGUCCUGAACUAACGGAUACCCUUGCAAUUAAGGCCGGAAGACAUCCAAUCCGGGAAAAAAUACAUUCGAACAAAUUUAUUCCUAAUGAUGCUUAUGCUACACAGCAAUCACGAUUUCAAAUUGUUACCGGGUGCAACAUGAGCGGUAAAAGCACAUAUAUACGCUCGAUCGCCCUUAUGUCUGUGAUGGCUCAAAUUGGCUGCUUCGUGCCUGCACAGUAUGCUUCUUUUCCCAUAGUUACUCAGCUUUUUGCACGUAUUUCUGCUGAUGACAACACUGAAGCCAAUAUCUCCACUUUUUCUGCUGAGAUGAGAGAGAUGGCUUUCAUUCUUCGUAACAUUGGACCCAGAAGCAUGGCUAUCGUCGACGAACUCGGCCGUGGCACUAGUACAGUCGAUGGCCUCUCUAUUGCCAUUGCGAUAUCUGAAGCGCUCGUGGAUAGUCAUGCUCUUGUUUGGUUUGCGACCCACUUUACCGAUUUGGCUCGAAUCAUGGCCCAUAGAAACGGUGUCGUCAAUUUGCACUUGGCCGUGGAGAUGUCUGCACCAACGUCGAAAAUGACGAUGUUGUACAAGAUUGCUGACGGCUAUGUCAAGGAAAAGCACUAUGGUCUUUCGCUUGCAAAGCUCAUGCCCUUCCCCCCCAAAAUCUUACAAACUGCGCAAACCGUAUCAGAGGAGCUGAGUUUAAGGGCAGCAAAGAGACAUAAUAAUCCAAAGGCGAUUGCAAUAGCCAAACGGAGACAGCUUCUACUUGCACUGCGUGAACAACUCCUUCAAGCAAGGGAUGGAGUAAUGGAGGGAGAAGAAUUGAGAAAAUGGCUUAAGAAAUUGCAGGACGACUUUACUUUGCGAAUGGCAGCGCUUGACGCAGAAAUUGCUAUGGUUAUGGACGAAGAAGUAAACGAAAAUAGUGUUGGGCAAACAGGACUGCAGGAUACUCCCAUGCUCGAUGAUGACAAAAAUAGCUCAACUAUAGAUUCUGAUGAAAUGACGGAUGUCACCAGUCCGAUCAUGCCUAACAAGGCAUUUUCCUGACGCGGGAUUGUUUCUGGUGAGGCUGGAAAUCAGGACGAAGGAACUGAACAUGAGUAUUGCUGCCAUGGCUUGUGUCUCAACACUAUUUGCUACCGUAUGUAUGUACAGUACAUACAUAAUCUCCCUCCGCAGUUUAUAAAGUAGCAUUUAUUCAGGUAUCCCGAAAAACGAAUUAGGGACCUUUAGCACUUUAUAGGUGAUACCUCACUCGAUCGUGGAGUAUCGCAAAGUACGAAUAGGGUGAAAAAAGGGCCCGGAUAUAAGACAUGGAAGAAGUACGCUCAUAUGCUAGUUUAUAAUGCAGCGUAAUUAAACCCCAUCUACAUCUUCAAACGCCUCUUCAAGAGAAUUUAUAUCGAGCUCGAUUAUUUGACAACACCCCUUGAGCAUGAUGCAUGAGGAUAAUUGCAGCUGGAGAACCAACAAGACAAAAAAACAAAAGGGAAAAAAGAAAAAAGCACUUUUUUAGUGUGCAAAAGCAGGGCAGGACUGAGAAAUCAUAUCUAUCCGAAAUGAUACAACACCUGCUUUCCCUUUCCUUUCUUCCCUUUACCCUUUGAGCUAGUGCCACUAGCACCACUGAUGUCCGCUUCCGCGGGAGUCGGAUUGCUCGCUGCGGCACCCCACACCUGAGGUCGACUUUCAUUUCGAUCCUCCCAUCUAACUGUACCGCGUGUGAGGCCUGCCAUCAAAACGUUGGGCUUCGGAGCCGCAGGGAGAGCCGGGAAAGCGUCCGAAUUAGUUGCUAUACCGACUGUUGGUAUCGCCGGACGAGAUGCAGAGCGGCUUGGGGUCGGAGAGAUUUUGGGCGUAGAAGAUGGUGGGGUUGGUGCUGUGCCCCAAACUCGGCUGGCGCUUUUAAGCUUUUGGGAUUUUGUAGUAGAUGGGUUGGGAAGGGAUGGGAACGGGUUGGAUGUGCUGUUGGGAUUGAGAAGACCUGGCAGACGGGGAUUCUGCCCAACUGCGGACCGAGAUGAUUGUGCGGUGGAUGACUUGAGACGAAGAACGCGUUUGCCGCCUCCGACGUUGGCCAAGCUGGUGGAAGGAAGAGUACCGCUUGGACCAGGAAGGGCAGGGUAGUCUUCGUUGAUAGCUCGCCAAUCAUUCCAAGCUGUUAAAAGGCCAGUUCUCUUCGACUCGUCUUCAUACAAAUGGGCUAACUCUUUAACGAGUUUUCCUAAUUCAGUCGAAGAUGCGUCGAAAAGAGAGAAAAAAGAUUCGAUCAAGUCAUUUGCCCCAAUACUGGAAGACCGAUAUGAUGAGACUUUAUUUCGGAAUUCAUUGAUUUUCCGAGGAUCAUUGCGUAAGAGCGAGGAUGCUCGAUCCAAGACAGUGGUGUGCGCAAUACGUCGAGCUUCUUCCUGAGGACUAGAAGAGGGUGUGUUAAGAUCAACGUUUUCAAUAGGUGGAAGAGAUGGUGCUGGAAGUUGAGGUUGCGCAGCUGGUGCCGCAGGGGGCGAGGGUCGGGCAGGUUGCGGUUGACUUUGAGUAAGCUGACCACCAAACGACCUCGUGGAGAUCGACUGUGC